GCUGCAGGCACUGACGUGGAGCAGGCUUAUCCCAACCUUCGCGGAUAUGUUUCCUGGGCAGCCAAUCUGACUGGCAAAGGCAUGAACUUUGUUUUCGAUCACCUGCUCGUGCUGGAGCCCCUUUUCUUGCCAGAGGAGGCUGCAGAUCCCAAGAGCUCUCAGGGCGGCUUCAUGCACAUUUUGGUUCGGCGGUACCUGGACUACGAGUUUCCGCCUUGUCCUGCAUCGCUUCUUGGUGAGCCUGCCCCGCUGCAGCCUCGCCGCAGCGCAAGGAGUGGCCCCUUGGUCACUGCCGGCAAGUACACCAUCAAUUUGUUUAAUAUUUGGGAGAAGCAGUGGCAAGAAAUUAGUGUGGACGACUUCAUGCCUACUGUGAGACAGACAUGGGGAUCCAGCAGACAGACUCUUUGGGCUGGAGGCUCUCCGCGCCCAUUGUGGGUCAUGCUGCUGGAAAAGGCGCUGGCCAAGCUAUGUGGAAGCUACGAUGCCCUCGAGCGUUCACAUCCCGGCUUGCUUCUCGCAACUCUCACAGGCCGAGCAGACGGGCUCCUUCAUUGGGCAAAAGCCAGUGGCUGGUGGGCUGCGUGGCGUCAUGCGCUUCCAAUCGUGGACUCCGCUUCGCGAACGCCUUCUCCUUCUCCGGGUCUGCUUCGCCGAGCAUCCAAAAUUCGGCCACUCAAAUGCCAGAUGCAGCGGAUAGGUGGCACUUGGCAUCGCGGCAACGAAUUCUUGGCGGUGUUGAGGGAGCUCCAGGAGCAGAACGCGCUGCUGCUCGCUUGGAUAUUUCCAGGAGAAGUCACAGACAAAGAGCCUGCAACUUCCCGCGCCGAUGGCUUGGUACAGGGGCAUGGCUACUCCAUCCUGAACUUCCUCGUGGAAGGAGACAUCCAGCUCGUUCAGCUCAGAAACCUUUGGGCAGGACUCUGCUGGAGAGGCGCAUGGUCCGAUGACUCCCGGGAGUGGCUCGACUUUCCGGAGAUCCGCCGGCAUCACUUGCGACCGGACCACCGGGCCCAGCGAGAGAAUUUCAUGAGCGAAUGGCGUGAUAUGCACAGAUGCCCGACUUCAGACUCAGAAGGCUGUAACCACGACAUCACAGAUAGAUUCAGCGCUGGUUGGGCUGCGCCCAGCUUCGUGGCGCUUUUCCUGGCCGCCAUCUACUUGUGGUGCGUUGUGCUGCGAGUGCCGCAGUUGGGCCGCGAACUGGAUGAGGUUAAAGCGGAGUUGAUGGAAGAGCCGUUGCCCACAGCAGUGCCAGCUGGUGAGGCGAUGCCAGAGGCUCCGCUCACUGGUGAAGAUGAGCCAGCUGCGUCCACCGCGCCUGCAGCAGCAACAGCUCCCACGGCUUCUCCUGCUGUAGGUAGCGCAGCCAUCCCCGUCGAUGGCGCAGAGGUACAGACUGAGGCUCCAGCUGCCGAAGACCUUGCAUCGACACCACGCGUGGACUCUGCGCAGGCAGCUAUCACAGGGACAGGAGUCAAUGGCAGCUCAGCCAGUACAGAUCACGACUGUAUUGACAGAGAACCUGGAGAUGAUGUGCCGCAUGUGCCGCCAGAUGAGCUCGAGGUGACGGAUGAAAUGGAGGACCCAGUCAAAGCCCAGGAGCUCCGAAUCGAAGGCAACGAAAGCUUCAAGGCUGGUCGAAUCUACGAGGCUCGUGAAGCCUACUCGGAGGCUUUGCACCUUAGUCCGCCAGCCGGCGAGGCUGGCUCAGAGCCCAGCAAGGACCGCGCUGUAUUGCAUUGCAACCGAGCUGCCUGCCUCCAGCGCUUGGGUCGCUGGGAUGACGCUGUGAAAGAUUGCUCCGAAGCCGUGAAGCUUGACCCGACGUAUGUCAAAGCCUAUGCAAGACGCAGCACCGCGUACGAGGAGUUGAAGCGAUGGCAUGACUCCUUAGAGGACCUCAAGAAGGCCAUCGAGUUGGAACCAGACCUUCGAGGGAAGGAGAGUCGUCGCAUGGCAAUGCUUGAGCAACGAGCCCAAGAACAGUUUGAGAAAGACAAGGACGAGAUGCUGUCGAAGCUUAAGGAGCUUGGAAACUCAGUUCUUGGGAAGUUCGGAAUGUCCACCGACAACUUCAAGAUGGAGCAAGACCCAGAUACUGGCAGCUACUCCAUCAAGUUUCAAAGCUGA